AUGUUUCUCAGAGGCUACGCGAAUCCUCUGCUGAACAUGACUUCAUUCAAAAGUCAACGAGUAGUUGAAAACGGCUUCAUGCCAACAUUUAAAGUCCAGGGCCAGGUUUACCACCUUGCAGGUAGUCUUCUUCCACAAGUUCCUGACGACCAUAAGUUUUUGCAGAUAUAUUUUAUUUCCGAUCCUGAAGUUCAAGCAACGACUCGAUGUAAUAUUAGUAAUAGUAAUUCAAGAACACCACUUGAUAACUCUAUAGUCAGGUCAUUGCAAAACAUGUUGCAUUUGCAUAAUAGAUACGUACAAUCUUUUAAAACUGCAAUGGAAAGUAUCUCUCUCGAUGUCCCAGAUUACAAUGUAGUAAUUCAUGCCAGCAGGGUACCUGACGGUGAACACCGUGGACGGUAUAAUGCUCCUUCUACCAGUGAAGUAGCAGUUGUCAUUGCUGGACAACAAUUUGACAAAAGGGAUAUCGUUCUUCGAAGCCGCGACGAAAAUCUCCACAAAAUUUCCGAACUACAUCGUUCAUAUGACAGUCUUCAAUAUCCAUUGAUGUUUUGUCGAGGUGAAGACGGAUACACAAUUGAUAUUCCCCAAGUUAAUCCUUCUACAGGAGACAGAGAUGCUUUACAUUCUAAUGAACACACGACAAACAAUAUUGGGCAGCUGGUAAUAUUACCGUCAUCUUUUACUGGCGGACCAAGAUACUUACACGAAAAAACUCAAGAUGCCAUGACCUAUGUCAGGAAUUACGGGAAACCUGACCUCUUCAUUACUAUGACCUGUAAUCCUAAUUGGAAAGAAAUAAAAGAUAAUCUGCAUUCCACCGCAACACCUCAAGACCGAUAUGACAUUUUAAAUCAAUUACCAGACCAAGACGAAGACCCAACAUUGUAUGACAUCGUGGUAAGGAACAUGAUUCACGGACCCUGUGGAGCUUUAAACCCUAACUCGCCAUGCAUGCAUGAGGGAAAAUGUUCAAAAAAAUUCCCAAAACCUUAUCAGAGUCAAACUUCAACUGGUGAUGAUGGCUAUCCAAAGUAUAGAAGAUUAUCACCAGAGGAAGGAGGACGCAAGGCUGCUAUUCGUAAUUACGAAAUUGAUAACAGAUGGGUAGUGCCUUACAAUAAACUAUUAUUAAAAAUUUUCGAGGCGCAUGUUAAUGUAGAACUUUGCAGUUCCGUGAAAUCAAUAAAAUAUGUCACUAAAUACAUCAAUAAAGGAAGUGACCAGGCUACGUUUAGUUUACAUUCUACAAAUGAAGUAGAACAAUUUCAAUCUGGCCGCUACAUUUGUAGUUCUGAAGCACUAUGGCGGAUUAUGUCCUUCAAUAUUCAUGAAAGAGCACCAACUGUCACACACCUCGCUGUUCAUUUAGAAAACGGACAGCGGGUGUAUUUCACUGAAAAUAAUGUAAAUGACAUUGUGAAUAAUCCAAGAGAUACUACUUUAACAGCGUUUUUCAAACUAUGUGCAGAGGACGACUUCGCAAAAACUCUGACCUACGACAAGGUGCCUGCCUAUUAUACCUGGAAUCAAAAUACGAAAAAAUUCCAACGACGAAAGCAGGGGGCGGUAGUUCUCGGGUACCCUGGCGUGAGAAAAACAGAUGCUCUUGGAAGGGUGUACGUGGUACACCCUAAUAAUGCAGAAUGUUUUCAUUUGCGGUUGUUACUCCACGUUAUAAAAGGCCCUACUUCGUUUAGAAGUCUCCGCACUUUUGAAGGUGUAACUUACGACACAUUCCAAGGGGCUUGCAAAGCUAUGGGCCUCCUCGAAGAUGACAGUCACUGGGAGAGUACGCUCUCUGAAGCAGCCAUAUGCUGUUCACCAAAAUCACUUAGGUGCCUUUUUGCCAUUAUGAUAUCGUUCUGCCAAAUCACGGACCCGCAUCUUCUUUGGCAAAACUAUCAGGAAAGUAUGUCCGAAGAUAUACUGCAACGCAGACGACAAGAACUGUCAUCAGAUGAUUUAGAGUACGACCAAAAUAUUUUUGAUGAAGCUUUAAAUGAAUUAAAUAAAGAGGUCGAAUCUCUAUCAGGUAAAAGUAUAAAAGAUUUUGGUUUUAACUUGCCGUUAAAUUCAAAUCUUUAUGCAAUGAACAACAUCGAGGAUUUACGAGAGACUGACUAUGAUUACACCCAACUCUUACAGACAAUUCAAGAUGAACAUCGCUUAAAUCCAGAACAAAAAAUUGUUUAUGACCAAAUAUUGUCAUCAGUUAAUAGUAAUGAAGGGAAAAUGUUCUUUCUAGAUGCACCCGGGGGCACGGGUAAAACAUUUAUAAUUAAUUUAUUAUUAGCAAAAGUAAGGUCUGACAGAAAAAUUGCUCUUGCCGUGGCGUCGUCCGGUAUUGCAGCCACACUUUUGAAAGGCGGGCGAACUGCACAUUCCACUUUCAAACUACCUUUAAAAAUUUGCAGUGACGACGUCUCUAGCGUUUGUAACAUCUCAAAACAGAGUAAAACAGGUUGA